CGGUCAUCCUCACAUUGACCGUAUAUCAUUUUCGCCCACGAGAAAGAUGCGGCGUGGUGUUAAAAAGUGACGGCUAUUUAACACCAUGUGGAUAAAGUUCUCCUUCAUAUCAUAUGCCUGCUGAACGGUUAGGAAAUAAAUAUAAAUAAUAAAAUUUAAUAAGGAUGUGCUCAAAACAACCUGUAGGCCUUUCUAGCAUAUUCUUUCUAGCAUUCUUCAGGCUUUUCUAGCAUAUUUUCAGUGACUACUUCCGACGUCGACUGUACUUAUUGUCGUUAAGACUUGUCUCGUGUGAACCUCGGAGUGCGCAUAAUGGUGCCAGCCAUCUAUUGACUGCAAUUCUCACACCUGAGGUAAUUCAGUAUAUUACCGUACUUUCCCUAGAAUACGUGUGUUUUGUGUGUCCCGAAUGUCUGAAACUGAACAGCUGUUUGCGGUCCAAGAUGUUUCAGUGAAGAAUCAGCCAGCAUCGUAGAGCUGGGGGUGAUGGAGAGCAUCAAAAAGUGGCUGCAGGAUCGAGGCACCAGGAAGGACGGUAUCUACGUGCACCACAGCCCGCCGAAACUGUUAGGCGCGGUGUCAGCAGCCCAACUCCGUCAACUGGCCCGCGGCGGGGCCGACGGCGGGCUGGAGCGCGCCGUGCUCGCGGGGCAGGGCCGGCGGCUUCUCUUGGAGGCCGAGCCGCUGCCCCUGCCCACUCAUAUAGCGGCCUUAGUCAACAAGUGUGAGGCGCUGCAUGAGGCUGUGGAGAAGGGCUCGCUGCUGGAACUGCAGGUACAACUGGAGCUUCUAGACGGCGAUUACAACCGCAAGAAAACAGUCACGUGCCGCGACGAGGCUGGAGCCGGACUGCUUCAUAAAGCUGUGUACUAUGACUACACGGACAUCGUCGAGUGGCUGGUCAACAACUACCCUCAGCUGGUCCAUCAGAGAGAUUCUGUAAGUACUGGUGGCCGAUUUGUGAAUUUCAAGCGCUCGAUUUCGUCACUCGAUAGUCUGUGGAAAACAGCGAAUUGAUAAUUUUGAAAUACGAGCAUUAGAUAUUGGGAAUCUGGUGGAAAGUGGUAUAGGCCACUCGUUUCAAUUCUAUUAGUAGAAUUUAAAUGCCUAGUAGUGGAGAAAAAUUGGAGUGAUAAUCACGAAAUCGAGCGCUCGAAAUACAAAAAUCGGCCCCUGUUCUUAAAUAAAUGGUAAAGCAGGCCACUGACGAGCCUUCCAAAUGGAUGCCGUUACAAUGGAUUCAUCCAAAUGGACGGCAUCCUAAUAUUAAACAUUGUAGGUUUUUGACAUUCACUGACCGAUUUUGGAUUGCAGCCACGCUAUUUGGACUGUUAGAAGACUCGUCAGUGGCCACCUUUACCAUUAGCUAAAUAAAUUGAAACACGGAAAACGGGCAUAGCUUGGGUAAACUCUACCACGCUGGCACUGACGGGCUAUUUUCAUCUGGUAAUGAUCCGCCCACGCCAGAUUCGACAGGUUGCCACGGAACUGCCGAAACGUGGUACCCUAAUGUGAACGUUGUGAAGGAAUGUUCCCCAAUGUACUGUGUGUAUAUUUUUCUAAACUUUGAAAAAGGCAUCGCAUAGCACCUAUUAUAUUAGUUUAGUUUAUAUUUGUAAUUUGGACCCGGGUAUGUCCUUAAACUACGUCCAAGACCACCGGU